GCAGCACUGUCCAAGAUGGCUGGCAGUAGGGCUGGAAAGGACUUUGGAAAGGCCGAGACAAAGGCGGUUUCCUGCUCGCAGCGAGCCGGCUUGCAGUUCCCUGUGGGCCGUGUUCAUCAACACCUGAAAUCUAGGACAACCAGCCACGGACGUGUGGGCACGACCGCCGCUGUGUACAGUGCAGCCAUCCUGGAGUACCUCACCUCAGAGGUACUAGAGUUGGCAGGAAAUGUGUCAAAAGACUUGAAGGUAAAGCGUAUUACCCCUCGUCACUUGCAACUUGCUAUCUGUGGAGAUGAAGAAUUGGACUCUUUGAUCAAGGCUACAAUUGCUGGUGGUGGUGUCAUCCCACACAUCCACAAGUCUCUGAUUGGGAAGAAAAGACAACAGAAGACUGUCUAA